AAAACCCCCAGCUUGCAGUCACACAGCCGCGUCGUGGCGGGCGCCCACGUGGCGGCCGCACCAACCCUCAGGGAGGGGGUGGAGGUGGCGGUUGUGGGGGCAGCGGAGCCGGCGGCGGUGGUGGCGGGGUCGAGGGUGGCAGCAGUGGUGGUGGUGGAGGCAGUGGUGGCUCAUCUGGUAGCCGUGGUGGCCGCCCUGGCACUCUCCCCCCAU